AUGCUUCCACUCCGAGUGGACUCUCAGAAGCCCGAAACGAAAGGCAAAGUUUCUGUCCCUGAAGAAGAACGCCGCAACCUGUGGCUUGAGAUUCUGGGAGAUGCAGUCACUGGUGUCGCGAUCAACCCGGACUCCGACUUGUUCAUGGUCGGAGGAAGCUCACUUCUGCUGGUCCACCUUCAAAAGGCUGUCAAGGAACGGUUCGUUGCAAGCUUACCUCUGCAGGCUCUGUACCAAUCGACCACACUCUCAAGGUAA